UCAAUGUGCUCUGGUGGUGUCGUUAAACAAAACAAACCCUUUAUAAUUUGUGAAUAUUUCAGAGAUCAGCUGCGGCCAACCUCCCGAUGUUGCAAACGCCAGCAAGACAACAGACGGAAUGUCGGUUAAUUCCACAACUAGAUACAGCUGUAACGUCGGUUACGUAGUGUUCAACGGCUCGACGACGUCAACGUGUGACGUAACGGGGACGUGGACGCCGUCAAACCUCACAUGUGUUGAGAUCAGCUGCGGCCAACCCCCCGAUGUUCCGAACGCUAACAAAACAACAGACGGAAUGUCGGUUAAUUCUCUAACUCGAUACAGCUGUAAUGUCGGUUACGUCGUGUUUAAUGGCUCGACGACGUCAAUGUGUGAUGUAAUGGGGAUGUGGACGCCGUCAAACCUCACAUGUGUUGUCGACUGUGGACCUCCUGUCCUAUUUGACCCCAAUGGCGUGUUGCUGUAUGAGUCCACCAUUUUGGGAAGUAACGCAACUGUCGAGUGUGACUUUUACUUCCGGUUCUUUGGAAACAGCAGUUCAGCGAAGUGUGACUCUACCGGAAAGUGGGUCGGAGUCAGCGGGGCGUGUCUACAGGUGCUAUGGGAGCUCGAGGUCGACCCGUUCAUGGCCGAUAUUCCAGAGCCGAUACAAGACGGUUGGGAAAUGGUCUGGGAUGGAAUUCCCGGUCAAAUGAAUACGCACUUCACUUUGAAUUUUAAACGCGGAGUGGACAAGAUUCUGCACAUGGACACGAGAUUUAACAACAGCAAAGUCAUCUUUAAUACGUAUGUCAACGGGGUCUGGGGAACCUUGGUAACAGCUACGUCAUUUCCGUUCGAAUCACUAGUUCCUUUCGAACUACGAGUGCAGGUGCAUUCAAAUACUUUUAAGGUAUUCAAAGCUGUUCGUCAACGGAACACACUUUCAAGACUUCGACCUGCCGCUACCCGCAGAAGACAUAGCACAGGUUUACAUCACCGGCAACGUGGUCAUUGAGCAGCUUGCUUUUGUAUACUGAACUUUAUCUUUUCUUUCGUCACAGACUGCUAUAGCAAAGGCCGUGGUAUGUGUUAUCCUGUCUGUGAGAUGGUGCAUAUAACAGAUCCCUUGCUGCUAAAGGAAAAAAAAUGUAGCGGGUUUUCUCUCUAUGACCAUAUAUUUGAUAUUCAAUAGCCAAUGAUUAAUAAGUCAGUGUGCUCGAGUGGUGUCGUUAAACAAAACAAACUUCUUCUUUUUUCAGUCAUCAAACCAGAACAGUUCAGUAGCAACUUCAAAUUGAAAAUUGUUCAGCGUUCUGAAAACAACGGAGAAAAAAACGUCAUGUCAGGGGCGUGCGCAGGAAAUGUUGCAGGUGGGUGGGGGGUCGAGGUGUCUGGCGAAGCCCAACACCGCGAGCGCCGCAGGCGCGAAGCCCGUGACGGGGGGUCUGGGGGCUAUUCUGAGGUGUUUUUUCCCCCACAGGUGUGAUGAUAACAUUUCAGUACUUCCAUAUCCAUUCACAGGAAUGUAAAAAAUCGGGAUAUGAAUUUUUUUUUCGCCUUGAGCGGGGGGGGGGGGGGGGGGGUUUCGACCCCCCCCCCCUC